CAGAGUAGGAAUAGGAAAACAUCGUUAUGAACAAGAGCAAAAGGGGAAUGUAGUGUGGAGUGUCAGAUCCAAACAAGGCAGGAGAUAAAAAUCAGAAAGCACUAGAAAUACUCAGCAGGCUAGGUGGCAUCUAUGGAGAGAGAACAUUUCAAGUUAGCAACCCGUCAUCAGAACAAGUGUGUUUCAAGUUGCAGAGAGAGUGAAGACUGUUGGCAAGAAGAAAGAGAAUGCCUGCAAUUGGAUGGAGACCAAGGUUGUCCACGUGACACAAUCAUUUUUGGUGCCGUCUAAGCGAGGGCGAUGAAUGCUUCUUAUUUAUUGCUGAACUAUUUGGAGGAGUGAUAAAUGAAGGCAGUUAGGGAAAAAACAAUCACGCUGGAACUGUGAGGUGCAGAAUACAGCAGCUGCUGGAAGCCUGAAAUAAAAGAGAAGGCUGAUAAUCCGCCAAGUCAGUCAGCAUCUGUGAAGAGAGUUAACUGUUGAAUUAAAACUUGAAUCAUUAGAACCGCUAUGUGCCCAGAUGCAAGAUGAGGUGCUCAUAAAAUCAAAGAAUCAUGGAGAAGAGACAGCACAGAAAGAGACCAUUUGGCCCACCGAGUCUUUGCCAACCAUCAACCACUAUUUGUACCAAUCUUACGUUAAUCCUAUUUUAGUCUUCCCUCAUUCUCAACUCCUCCCAUAUUCUACCAUUCAUUUCCAAACCAGUGUAGAAAAGAGGCAAGUGUUGAAGAAAUGUACACCAGCCAAGCACAUAUUAAUAUCCCAGAAAUGAUUCGGAAGAAGCGAGACAAGCAGUCUUUGAGUGCAGAAGAAAUACAUUAUUUUGUUCAAGGUGUAACAAAGCAGACCAUCCAGGACUGCCAGAUUGGUGCCAUGCUAAUGGCAAUUCGCCUGCAGGGGAUGACACAGGAGGAGGCAGUGAACUUGACCCAAGAGAUGAAAACCUCUGGGGUUGUCCUCGAAUGGCCAAAGGAGUGGUCUAGUAUCAUAGUUGACAAGCAUUCCACAGGAGGAGUCGGCGACAAGGUCAGCCUUGUUCUGGUACCAGCUUUGGCUGCCUGUGGCUGCAAGGUUCCGAUGAUUAGUGGCAGGGGAUUGGGACACACCGGAGGCACACUGGACAAACUGGAAUCUAUCCCGGGAUUCAACAUUAACAAGAGCCCAGAAGAGGUGAAGCAGAUCUUGGCUACAGUUGGAUGUUGCAUUGUUGGGCAAACACCGGAUUUGGUCCCUGCCGAUAAGAAGUUGUACACUAUCAGGGAUAUAACAUCGACCGUGGACAGUCUGCCACUAAUAGCAGGUUCCAUAUUAUCGAAGAAAGGAGCUGAGUCCCUGGCUGCUCUCAUACUGGAUGUGAAAUUUGGAGAAGGAGCUUUGUACAAGGACAUCAAUGGAGCCAGAGAGCUAGCACAAUACUUGGUAUAUGUUGGAAAUCGCUUAGGCAUUCAGACAGCUGCUGUUCUCUCCAAGAUGGACAAUCCCAUUGGCAGAUGUAUCGGGAAUUCACUGGAAGUCAUCGAGUCCAUUGAGUGCCUGAAAGGCAAGGGGCCCAAGGACUUGGAGGAGCUUGUCACCUGCUUAGGAGGCCACCUACUUCAUAUGUGUGAGAAGGCUGGAAGCUUUAAGGCUGGGGAGGAGGAUAUUAAGGAUAUGUUGCAGAAUGGCUGUGCUCUGGGCAAGUUCCAAGCCAUGCUGGUGGCACAGGGAGUGACUGCUGACUUAGCCAAGGCUUUGUGCCGGGGGGAAGAGGUGCUGAGGCAUACAGUCAAACAGGAAGAACUGAAGGCUGCAGCAGGAGGGGUAGUGCAGGCAAUCCACUCCUUGCCAUUAGCCAAGGUACUGCAUGAGCUAGGAGCAGGCUGCACCCAAUCCGAUCAACCAGUCAACUGGAGUGUUGGAAUAGAACUCCUGAAAACUGUGGGCGACCAUGUUAACAAAGGAGAUCCUUGGAUUAGGAUCCAUUUUGAAGAUCCUUCCCUCAGUGAAAGCCAGAAAGCUCUUCUCCAGCACUCACUGGUCAUUGGGGAAAAGGUGGAAACUGGUCCCUUGGUUACUGAAAUCAUCCAGGUCCAGUCACAGGGUGAGAAAAGGCACAAUUGCCCAGCUUAGUGGGAAAUUCAUAGAUACGCAUCAUCCAGAGGCAAGCAACACAAGACUUUGGUGGAGAAAUUCGUCUUGGGUUUUGAUACAACAAGGCAACAUCGGAAUGGUUGCAGUUUAUAUGCAGACGAUGGAAUUAAGUAUCUGGCACUUUUAUAGUGGGCAAUUAAUCCAAUAUCGCCAGGGUUGAAUUUCUAUUGCUCUGUCAUUCUGAACCCUAUUAAAUUCCAGCUGUGAUGAUUCCUGAAAAAUCAGAGUGGUGGUGUGUUUAAAAUAAUAGGUCAUCAACUUUUUACACACAUACUUAAACUAUUACAACUUAAGUCUCAAAUUGGCAGAGGUGUAAAAUGGUCCCUGCUGCAGAUAAAUAAGUC